AUGGUAAGCGUCACAUUCUCGGUUAAGAAGAAACAGGAUGAAGCAUGUCUAGAAUAUUACCGUUCUCGACGGACAGAUAAUAUGUUCAUACAGGUUUUUGCAUUAGGUUUCGAUGUACUUUCGACCCUUUCCCAUGACGAGGCCGUUGACCUCUUGGAGCGAACUCGGGUGUUUGCGCCUUGCCUCAAUGACUUCGCUGUUAAAGAUGAUUCGUUCCGCGAACAAGCGCCUGUACCGGUUGCGUCUCAUCAAAUAAAUCGUCGCGAAGCCAGUGUGGGAGAUUCGGACCCGACCAUACCGUCCACAAUGUCGCAUUCAGGUCAAACUGUGAUACGGGGGUUGACUGAUGUUGAAGAACAGCCAAACCAUUCCCCACUUUUAGAGACUGAUAUGGACGAACGGAAAGUAGACGGUGUAUCAAACAAACAAACGCAACCUUUGGACGAUCACGACAGCCUCGACAGCCUCGACAACCUCGACAACCUCGACGAUGGGGCAGAUAAUUCGACACAAUCUGACAAUUAUGUAUCCAAUUCCUUUGACUUUGCGCUUCUAUUAAAUCAAGCAGCCGAACGUGACGGCACCGGAUUGGCUCUGGAGGACCCAGCGACCAAUACUGUCAACGACAUCACGGCCUUAUGUGCAAGGUCCACUGCGGUUGGAACCUCUGCGCAAUCCAGGUCUAUUCCUGUGCCUUCGGAUCCUGCCACUCCCGGCUACAAUGUGUUGUACCUAAAUAACCAAAAUUUACAUUCUAAGGGGGCUGAAGCGGAUGGAGUUGAAAUACAGCGUCAUAUUAUCACAGAAAAUCAACAAGCCAUUCCCCAAACAGCGCCAAGAUCUCCCGAUAGCCCUAAAUCGUCGGACUUUAUUGUCUCGACCCCUACUUCGCCUUGUGAUGUCCCUCCAGGUCCUGUCUCCCAAGAACCAGACGAAAUGGAAAUAGAUUGGGCGGCAGGAUCACCUGCAGACAACGGAAGGUCUCGGAAUGAGUCUACGCCUGCACCUGAGACCCCCUUUCUAAGCCCCACUAAUUCCUAUCCUACACCCGGAUCGAAUCCACCAGCAACGCCUAUUCCAGAGAAAGAGCGCAUCAACUACCCCGUAAAUCUUUCCCCAAGCAAGACGGGCGCGCCGGGAGUUCUCUUUCCAUGCUCUCAAGCAUCACUCACGGAUUUUUCUGCUAGCGCAGACAUAGGGAAAGUCCCCAAUGCAUUGAAACCGGCUUCCACUGGGCGCAAUCAGGGAGUCCUCGUUAAUAGCUCACGGUUGUUUCCCGAUGUCGAGCAUUAUCCUGAUCCUAUGUCCACGUUCACGACCGAAGACAAUCUAGGAGAUGAAGAAAUGGAGACCAUCUUGGGAGGUGUCGAUCAAUUUUUGAGGAGUUCUACUGAUAUGCCAAAUAUGACCUUGGAGACGGAGCCUAAGAUACCAGCACAAGUCGGAGAAUCAUCUGGAGACCCUCAUCCCAGAGACGGCUGUGUCACAGAAUCAGCAGUCUCACAUGCCACAGUCUCAGAGCUCGCACUUGCAUCGGCUUCGUCUGCCUCCUCUCCUGCAAAUGUUCUUUCGCCUGUAUCGCGUCAGGCUAAUGAUGACGUAGGGUCUGGGCAUAGCAAGAACCGCAAACGAAAGCGCACCGCAGACGUUGAUGAUCCAACAGCAAGAAACGCAAGUCAUAAUGCCACCUCACCUUAUGAUAGCAUACAGGCAGCAGCAUCCAAGUCGUCCUUGCUGGCCGAUGAAGACUUGGUCGUUAGUGAUGACCUGUCUUCACUCAGUUCAACUCCUGGAAGUCCUCUUCUCGAGCCUGCAGACCCCAGUGCGACACAGGAACCCAGCCCCCUGGACGUAACCUUUUCAAGACUUACUGAAAGGGCAAGAUCUCAAGUUCGUAACACUGGUGACCAUCUUCUCAUGCCUGACUUUCCAAAAUUUCUGGAACGACAUUCCCAGCGCUGGUUCGCGUCUGGCUUUUGGAGUGGGGCGACUUGGAAGAUUAACCAGACAUCGAGUAUGAACUCGUCGCCUGAUCGCGCAGGCCUUAUAAACUACCUAGUGACUCUGCAAAACAAUGAUGAGAUACAACUCUUUAUGAAUGAUAAUCUCCUGUCACGCAUUUGCGAAGUACUCCUGAAUGGCUAUGUAUCUUUAAAAUCUAUGAUUCCGUUCGAAAUUAACACAAAUUUAGGCUUGCCUAAUGCCCCUACCUUGGCGCCUGGCCUUGACACCGAGGCGUACUAUGUUGUCUGA